CCUCGACCGCCGAUCAGCUUCCCCGCCGCAAGUGAGGACUCCCGCAGCCUUCUCAUUCGCAUCUCAUUGGAAGAACUUCAUGCAGCGAUCGUGCUACUGUGGAUACAAGCAUUCUAUCCCCAACCCCCACCCAUGAUACUUUCCCUUUUUCAACACGGUUUUGCUUCCGUCUACUCUAUACCGGGAUCCGAAUCGUGGGAGGAGAUAUCGGAUAUCGGAGUCCUGCAUGACUGGUAGAAAUCUAGUGACACAAAUGUUACUUAGCGAAGUAUAAAGACUGACCGGUUUCCCCUCAAGCGGCCAUCCUUUCUGACUAGGAUCUAAGGCCAGCCUAGUAGAAACCCCGCAGUCUCGCAAUGCGGUUCACAGUGAAGGCCGCGGCCCUGGUGGCAUCCAGCAUACCUACUGCACUGGGCCAGCAUGUCCGGGAUCUGAGUAAUGAAAAGUGGACUCUCAGUAGCGAUGCCUUGAAUCAUACCGUGCCCGGAAGUCUUCCAUCUCACGCCCAUUUGGACCUGUUGAAGGCUGGUGUAAUUGAUGACCCAUAUCAUGGACUCAAUGAUUUUAAUCUUCGAUGGAUCCCGGAGUCUAAUUGGACCUACACCACUGACGGGAUCAAGAACUUACUAAAGGACGCCGAGUCUACCUGGCUCGUUUUUGAUGGACUUGACACUUUCGCAACAAUCGAGUUCUGUGGGAAGCACGUCGCUUCAACGAAUAACCAAUACCGCCAAUACUCUUUCGAUAUCUCUCAGAUUCUGAAGGGCUGCAACGAGGAUCCCGUCUUGAAGAUUAACUUUGGCAGUGCGCCAAACAUCGUGAAUGCAAUUGCCGAGGAUCCUAACUCACCAGUAUGGCCCGAUGGAAUACAGCAGACUUAUGAGUAUCCGAAUCGAUGGUUCAUGCGCAAGGAACAGUCGGAUUUCGGCUGGGAUUGGGGCCCUGCCUUUGCACCCGCAGGACCUUGGAAGCCUGCUUAUAUCGUGCAACUACCCAAGGCGCAAAAUAUUCAUGUCUUGAAUACAGACAUAGAUAUAUAUCGAAAAGGACAGAUCAACCAUCUUCCGCCUGACCAACGUCAGCCAUGGGUCGUUAAUGCCAGCAUCGACUUUGUGGGCUCUCUUCCGCCCAAUCCGUCUAUGUCUAUUGAAUUUAAAGACACCGAUUCUGGUGAGAUACUCACGUCAAAGCGGAUAGGUAAUGUGACUGUGUCUGGAAAUUCUGUUACCGGCGUCACAGUCCUUGGUGGAGUGACUCCAAAGCUUUGGUGGCCACUGGGUCUUGGCGACCAAAAUCUCUAUAACAUAACUGUCACUGUUACUGGCCAUCAGAACGAAACUGUGGCCCAUGUCACCAAGAGAACAGGCUUCCGCACGAUUUUCCUCAAUCAACAAAACAUCACAGAUACCCAGCUUGCCCAAGGCAUCGCACCAGGUGCCCACUGGCAUUUUGAAGUCAACGGACACGAAUUUUACGCCAAAGGCUCCAAUAUCAUCCCGCCAGAUGCUUUUUGGCCUCGUGUUACAGAGGCGAGAAUGGCCCGAUUGUUCGAUGCAGUUGUUGCUGGAAACCAGAAUAUGCUCCGUGUUUGGUCAUCUGGCAUAUAUCUCCACGAUUUCAUCUACGAUUUAGCUGAUGAGCGAGGCAUUCUUUUAUGGAGCGAGUUCGAAUUCAGCGAUGCUUUGUAUCCGGUCGACGAUGCGUUCUUAGAGAACAUCGCCGCUGAAGUCGUGUACAACGUUCGCCGUGUCAACCAUCAUCCUUCGCUGGCAUUAUGGGCAGGUGGAAACGAGAUCGAGUCACUGAUGCUUCCGACGGUCGAAAGUAAGGCCCCUGAAGAGUAUGCGAAGUAUGUUGGGGAAUACGAGAAACUGUAUAUCAGUCUCAUUUUGCCUCUGGUUUACCAAAACACCCGGUCGAUCACAUAUAGCCCUAGCAGCACAACGGAAGGCUUUAUUGAGGUCGACUUGUCUGCUCCCGUACCCAUGGUGGAACGAUAUCACAAUACCACACCUGGAUCCUACUAUGGCGACACUGAUUUCUACAACUAUGACAGUAAUGUCUCCUUCAACUACCAUGUCUACCCAGUGGGUCGCUUCGCCAAUGAAUUCGGAUACCACAGCAUGCCUAGCCUGCAAACCUGGCAGCAAGCCGUUGACCCCGAAGAUCUCCAUUUCAACAGCACCACUGUCAUGCUUCGGAACCAUCACUACCCAGCCGGCGGCACCUUCACCGACAACUUCCACAACACAUCUCUAGGCAUGGGCGAAAUGACAAUCGCAGUGCAGCGGUACUACCCCAUUCCUAACAAGCUGGACUCCGUCGCCAACUUCAGCGCCUGGUGUCACGCAACCCAACUCUUCCAAGCCGACAUGUACAAAUCCGAAAUCCAGUUCUACCGCCGCGGUAGCGGAAUGCCCGAGCGACAACUCGGCUCCCUCUACUGGCAACUGGAAGAUAUCUGGCAAGCGCCGUCAUGGGCCGGUAUCGAAUACGGCGGACGAUGGAAGGUCCUUCACUACGUUUCCAGAGACAUUUACCAGCCCAUCAUCGUCUCCCCGUUCUGGAACUACACCACUGGUGACCUGGACGUCUACGUUACGUCAGAUCUGUGGGAAUCGGCAAAGGGCAAGGUAAACCUAACUUGGCUGGACUUAUCAGGCAAGCCUCUUCCCCACAAUGCAGGCACACCAGGUUCUGUUCCCUUCAGCGUGGGGGCGCUCAAUACCACAAAGGUAUAUAGUACCAACGUUAAGAAUCUUACGCUCUCCAAUCCCAAGGAUGCCAUCCUUAUUCUCUCUCUGUCGGGUGAGGGACACCUCCCCAACUCGGACGAGAAAACGACAUUCACCCACCAGAACCACUUCACGCCAGUUUUCCCCAAGGACCUCGCCUUGGUGGAUCCCGGACUUGAACUAUCGUAUGAUUCCAAGUCGAAGACUUUCACAGUAGAGGCUAAAUCAGGUGUCUCGUUAUACACGUGGCUCGAUUAUCCGGCUGAUGUGGUGGGGUAUUUCGAUGAGAAUGCUUUCGUGUUGCUUCCGGGACAGAAGAAGGAAAUUGGCUUUACGGUCCAAGAGGAUAAUACUGGUGGGAAGUGGGUGCAGGGGGUUAAGGUGCAGAGUCUGUGGAAUCAGACACUUGAGAAGUAGGACGAACUUAGGCAUGUAGGCACUAAUUUCAGGAUAAGAUAAUAUGCGCAGCAUCCAUU